AUGCAAAGGGUUCCUCAAACACGGGCCAUGACCGGCAACACUGCCAAGUGCCUGAUUCACCGUGAUACCUUUGCGACGACUGGUCCAGCUGGCUGCCAUAUGGCUGCUGUCAGACCUUUGUUUGCACCUCGAGUCUCCCUCUCGCUCGACCUAUUCGCUCCAGCAGCUGUCCAGGGGGCCAAGAUGCGACUUGUGGACGUGUGUAUACCACACCAGACCAACUCGCCUACCCAAUCUUGCUGCUUUGCUCUGCCCGCUCGUGCCAUCGACCUGGCGCUCUUCACUCCUGUGUCACCAGAGCCACCAGAGUUCAUGCCAUGA